GUCUGGAGCGCUCCUAGUCAGUAUACACUGCCUGCCCUAGAAUCCAUUCCUCUCUCAUCCUGGACUUUUUUGUCCCAGGAGCAGCCCGAGUCUGAAGCGUACGGAGGUGUGAGUAGGGGUCUUGUUACUUUGGCCCACUUGGUAAGAACUGGGUGUAGUGAUGAAAGUAAGAGGUGAUAUUAUUUGAAGACACUGCACUCUCUUCCUGUUGAGUGGGACUUUCCUCUCUGUUAGGCAAACGCAGGACCUCCCUGGGCGGCUCUCUCAGGAGAGCUGGCCCCUUCCGCUGCCUGCUCCCUCCAGUGAGCUAGCAGUUUCUCCAGCCUGGAGCCUGGAGCACCAGACCAGGCCGUCAGGGGCGGGCCAGCCCAAGGGGCUGCCUUCGCCGCAGUGACGUCCCAGAAGGCGGAGGGGCGACCAACUAACGGACUCUGCGCCCUCCCGGACUCCUCCCAGUGCGGGGUCUGUGGGUCCAUGGGAGAUGCGGCUGCCUUGGUGGCAGUUGCCAGAACGCAGCCGCCUCUUUGCCCACUUCUCUGUCUUAGCCCUGGGGUGUUGGAACGCACUGGAAUCCAGCAAUGCAGCCGGGACCAGCGCUGCAGGCCGUGUUGCUGGCUGUGCUGCUGGCAGAACCGCGGGGUUCGAAGGGUCGCCUGCUGAGCGCCUCGGACUUGGACCCCAGAGGAGGGCAGCUGGUCUGCUGGGGAGGGACUCGGAGGCCUUGCUACAAAGUCAUUUACUUUCCUGAGGCUUUUCAAAGACUGAACUUUGAGGAAGCCAAAGAAGCCUGCAGGAGAGAUGGGGGACAGCUAGUCAGUAUCGAAACAGAAGAUGAGCAGAGACUGAUAGAAAAGUUCAUUGAAAACCUCAUGGCAUCCGAUGGUGAUUUCUGGAUCGGCCUCAGGAGGCUGGAGGAGAAGCAGGGCAACCACACAGCCUGCCAAGACCUUUAUGCUUGGACAGAUGGAAGCACAUCACAAUUUAGGAACUGGUAUGUGGAUGAGCCGUCCUGUGGCAGCGAGGUCUGCGUGGUCAUGUACCAUCAGCCAUCAGCACCACCCGGCAUCGGGGGCUCAUACAUGUUCCAGUGGAAUGAUGACCGGUGCAACAUGAAGAACAAUUUCAUUUGCAAAUAUGCUGAUGAGAAACCAAGUACAACACCUUCUAUAAGGCCUGGAGGGGAAGCAGCUGAGCCAGCAACACCAGCACUUCCAGAAGAAACACAGAAAGAAGACACCAAAGAAACAUUUAAAGAAAGCAGAGAGGCUGCUUUGAAUCUUGCCUACAUCCUAAUCCCCAGCAUUCCCCUUUUCCUCCUUCUAGUGGUCACUUCAGCUGCGUGUUGGAUUUGGAUCUGUAGGAGGAGGAAACGAGAGCAGCCAGACCCUACCACAAAGGAACAACACACCACUUGGCCCACUCCUCACCGAGAAAACAGCCCCGACCUAGAUGUUUACAAUGUCAUCAGAAAACAAAGUGAAGCCGAUUUAACUGAGCCCCGGCCAGACCUGAAGAACAGCUCAUUUCGGGUGUGUUCUGGUGAAGCCACUCCCGACGAUGACGCUGUAACUUGUGACUACGAUACCAUGGCUGUGAACCCUUCAGAAAGUGGGUUUAUGACUCUGGCAAGUAUGGAGAGUGGAUUUGUGACCAAUGACAUUUAUGAGUUCUCCCCUAACAGAACGGGGAGAAGCAAGGAGAGUGGCUGGGUAGAAAAUGAAAUAUAUUACUGAGACAUAUGGGGAAAACUGGCAAAAAUGAGAAAAGAGAAGCAAAAGCAUCCUAUUUCUCACAAGGAAAAUGUUCAGAAAGUUGAUGAAAAUGCUCAGAUCGGGUCUUAGGAUAAACACAGAAGCUCCACAAGUUCCUACUGGGUCCCCAAGUUCUGGUUGUAACCCUUAUUCCAGGGCCUCACCCAGUUCAGCCUGUGAGAAGGCACCUUGCCCCGGAGCUGCCAUACAGCAGACCCUCAGCACCCGUCAGCCAGUGGGCUUCAACAGAUCAUCAAGGGCUGGCACUUUCAAUGGUCAGGAUGGAGGUGUGACCGAGGAGCUUAGAAAGCCCACCUCUAGUUUCUGUUCUCUUUGCUCUCUACACCAGCAGCACAUGUAAUCACAAAAAGGCAGAGACUGAGGGAUCUUCUCAAGGCCUGGGUAUGGAAGCCCCAACUGAUCUGCACAUCAACAAUUCUCAUAUCUGCCCCCCACCCCACAUAAAAUCCAAUAAAAAGCAGGAAGCAGAAUGUUAGUCAGUGUGUGUCUACAGUCCUUCCUCUGCAUGUAGCCUCAGGGGACUUUUUUAUUUUUUAUUUUUUUAAUUCUCCUGACAUCUAAACUUGGAAAAACCCAACUUGGAAAUCCUUUAGUAAGUAAAAAUGAAGUCUGUGUUUGCUUCAGCGUUCCUUGUUCUCCUGGCUCAGACAGUCUGUGUUGUCUGGGGAUGGGGGGGGGGGCAGCAGCACUGGAGACUGACUGUGUAGGCAGAAAGACUGGCGAAAGAAGCAGACAUAAUAAAGAGAUGGAGAUGCCUCACCACAGAGAAGGCAGUCACAGGCAUCAGAGGGAGAAAUCUGGAAUAGACCCUAUUGUGUUAGACUCAAAGAGAAAACAGUGGUGUCACUUUGGGGCUUUCCAUAUUGGGGACACAUACAGAUACACAUAUUCUCCACUAAAGUGAGCCAGGACUCCGUGAAGUUGGACAACUCCAGGACAGAUGCAGGAAAAAAAAAAUAAGAGUUACUUGAGUAAUGAAAAGUACCCAAACAUAGGUAGAAUUAACAGGCCUAUUGUUCUACAGGAACAGCAGUGCUCUGCACAACACAAUAGCUUAUCACAUAUUGAUAAAUAACUACAAGAAAGGAGUUCAAGGGCAGCAAGCACAAAGUCACGAUAAGGAUAUGAGGAUAUGUAUUGCCCUGGUUGAUCAGUACACAUUGUAUGUAUGCCGGUAAGUCACACUACUGCUAAAAUUUUUAUAUUUAAAGAGAUUGGGAAUGAGAGUGGUCAUUUGGGAAACUACACCACCACCAAGGAAGAAUGAGUGGGAAUCUGCAGAUUACAGAACUCAGUUUACGAUGGCCCUCCUCUGGUAACACGUGGGGUAAUCUGAAUAUCAAAAUCAUUACCAGUAAAAGCAACAAGCGAGUGUGACCAUUAGAUAAAACAAAUAAAUUGGUGUGUCCUGAUACAAAAUAAGUGAAUAAACCUACUUGGAUGAGGAACGAGAUAUUUACAUGAUUUCAAGUCCCUCACCCACAAAAUCAUCAUUAAUUACAAAAGUGUCACAACGGGCAAACCCCACCUCCGUUAACUGAUCAAUGUGAACUUGUCAAUAAUGCAGUGUACCGAGAGUAGAGACCGCACUGUGUGCAGUGAGAACACAGCAUCGCGUCUGUGCUUUCCAGCCUAAGUGGACAAGCUGGUCAUAAGGAAGCCUUACUCACAAACAAGUUAACAGACAACCUGCGAAAUAACUGGACUGCAAACUUGAAGCCGGAUGAUAGUGGAAGCGAAAGCAAACCGGGACGCUGCAGUUAGAGGGCAGUGAGAGAGGAGACAGCUCAAAGCACUGCUUGAUUCGGAAACAGAUCCCUUCUUCCCUGCAAAGGAAAAUACGGGAACGCACUUGCGUGAAGUCGGAGGAGUAAAUGGCAAUCAUGUGUUAGUGCUAAUUUCCUGAUGUUUAUGCUGCACUGAGGAUAUGUCCUGACAGGGGGAAUGGCAAUGUCGAAAAUUAAAGUAAUAAAGGAUGAAGGACCACAGGUUGACAACUCUCUCUCUCUCUCUCAUGCGCUUUGGGGAUGGAGGAAUGCUCUGUGCACUGUACUUGCUGUGUCUCCUCUUAGUUAGAAAUUAUUUAAGGAAAAGCACUUUCGAAUGGCAGCACUAUAAUUAUUGAUUACAUUACUUCCGUGGUGCCAUCCAUGUAUCUGAGCUCAGCACACAUGCUGUGGCUCGGAGCAUCUAACAGUCUUUGAUCCUGGACAAAACCAAAUGAAGUUCUGACAGCCAUCAUCAGAACCCAGGUUCUGGCCCAUCGCACAGAUGGCCCUCCUUAAAGGCAGCAGGGAGCUGUAAUGAAGCACCUUGACCCACCCUGUCAAUUUAGAGACUCCAAGAUUCCUCUCUCCCGUUUGGAAAUGCAAAUAAGUUGUGUGAUCUAGAAUA